AAAAGAGUUUCAAAAUUCAAUUCAAUUGAUUCUGAACUUGACCCAAAAUAAAGUGAACAAAAUCAUCAUCACUUUUCACCUCUCAAAUUCCACUGUAAUUUUUCCGAUCAUCAGAGAAAUGGGUUUCCGGUGCUUCGUCGGCCUCCUCUUCCUCUCAAUCAGUUUCCUCUCUUCCUCUCCGCCGGCUUUCGCAGAAGAAAAAGCUUCAUCAAUGGCGGAUGCCGCUUUCAAACUCACCACGCCGUUCUCAGUUUCACUCGACACACUCCAGAAUCAGAUCAACUACACAUUCAACAAUGUUGGAUUGUUGAGGCGCGCGAUGACUCACGCCUCGUUUUCGGAGGACAACAAGGCGUUGAGCAUAUUGGGGGCAAGUGUGAUCGAGACCGCCGUUGCACUUAAAUCGUUGACGAAAGACGUGGAUAUUUCGGCCAAGGAUUUGAAUGUUGCAAUUGCUGAUGUGGCGAAAAUCGAUAGUUCGUGUAAUGCAGACGGAACUCGACUAGGGUUGCAGAAUAUAGUGAGGGUAUCGCACAAGACCGAUGCCACGGCCCCUGCAGUAGUUUGUGGUGCAUUUCGUGCAGUUUGUGGUGCAAUUGCUGUUGAUGCUGGGAGUUCGGAUGUGGCUGGACGGAUUUACGGGAAAAUUCAUGGUGGAAUUGGAAGGGCUGAUUUCUAAGGUAAUGUAGGUAAAGAUUGUGUGUGUGUGUUCUUUUUCUUUUUCUUUUUUGUAAAUUUGCUAGAUUCGAUGCUUUUGAGUUGGAUUGAAGAACGGUAAAAUAUCUUUUGAGUUUUAGUGUUGUAAAUAUGGAUUUGAUUCUGCGUAUUUUGUGUGCGUUUUCUGCUGUGAUUUUGUGAUGGGACAACUUCUUGAUUUAUUUUAUCAUUGUAUAGUUUGCGGUA